AUGUCGAAAGCGGCCACAUCAGCGUCCACGGCCUUCCCGCCGGGACUCGGGAUCGACCUCGACACCGCAGACGCUCCAACCCCGGAGUACCGCUAUCAAGUCGAGAUCGCCCAAAUGAUGUUCGUCUUUGCCGACGUCGUCGACCCCACCCCGGACGUCACCCGUCUCGUAGAAGAUAUCGUUCGCUCUCAAACAAUAGAAAUGAUCAUUCAGUCCCGUCGCCUCUCCCAACGCCGUGCCUCCAAAUACCUCUCGCCCGAAGACCUCAUCUUCCUCAUCCGAUACGACCGCGCCAAAGUCAACCGUCUCCGCACCUACCUUUCCUGGAAAGACGUACGCAAGAACGCCAAAGACUCGGGCGACUCUGCAGGAGGCGGCUCUGGCGCACCACCGGAGAUCGACGAGGAUCCGACGACACUCGAUGGACCCAAUAAGGCCACCAAGAUGAAGAUCCGACUGCCGUGGGAGAUCUCGUCCGUCUACUCGGAACAUCUCUUGGCGUUGCCCAAUGCGGAUGGAGAGGAGGACGAGGAUGAUGACGAUUUGGAAGCUCACGAAGCAUCUAUGCAGCGUCUCAAGGAUGCGGACGAGGCGACGCGGAGGAUGACGAGGGAAGAGUACGUCCACUACUCGGAAUGUAGGCAGGCGAGUUUCACUUUCCGAAAGUCGAAAAAGUUCCGAGAGUUCAUCAACGCAAGUGCGUACCUGGACGUCAAACCGAACGACGAUAUCAUCGAUAUCCUGGGAUUCUUGGCCUUCGAGGUGGUGAGGGAGCUGUGUCUAGGUGCAGUGGCGAUCAAAAAAAGCUUGGAGGAUCAGAAAGCGGCCAGGAUCAAAGCCGAUGCGGCGCUGCAACAGCAACAACAGCAAGCGAGUAGCAGCGGAUUGACGACAAUCUCGACCACGGCCACAACGAGCAGUUCCAGCACCUCGAACAAACGCAAAGACGACGAUCCUCCCGAAACAGCAUCAAGCAGUGCCGCAAAGAAACCAAAGCUCGAAAGCGAUUCCGCCGACGACACCGCAACGUCAUCAGCAGAUCAAACCCUCACCAACCCCCAGAACGACCCAUCACAACCCUCCCCAUCCUCACCUUCAAAAGAUCCAUCAGACCCCUCAAACCCAACGCCGGACGACGAGCUCUGCACACUGUUCACCCUCCCACCAUCCAUCGAAACGCCUCUGCUCGCAUCACACAUCCAAGAAGCUUUCUCCCGACUACAACGAAGACAUCCACCAGCUCUAGCCUCAGGGGCAAGAGGCUCAGCUGGUCCUGGAGGUCUUCGUCGAACGCGCGUCUUUGUCAUUUGA